AGUAAAUAAAGAAUGAAAAACCAGUGAGGGAGGGCAAAGUUGUCAUUUUAGUCACUUCUUCAGUUCCUUGUGUUGUGUCGUGGGUAUCAUUGGAUUUCCUCUAUCUCAUUAUCAUCUUCUUUCUUCCUGCUCUCACACCCAGAGACAAAAAUGGCGCUAAGCCUAUCCAAUUCCUUCCUCCAUAGAAACUCUCCUCCUCCAGCGCUAUCCAUGAAAAAGGUGGCUACAGCCGUUUCCACAGAUCAACCGCGAUGGACUUGCCGGAAGAAGGACAUUCAUCCCGAAUUCUACACCGAUGCCAAGGUUUACUGCAGCGGAGAGCACGUUCUUACCACCAGCGGUACUAAGAAAGAGUACGUCGUCGAUGUUUGGUCCGGCAACCACCCAUUCUAUCUAGGUAGUCGGUCCGCCAACCUCAUCGAUGCCGAUCAGGUGGAGAAGUUCCGUAAGAAGUUCGGUGGAGUCGGUGGUUUGUCGCAGUUGAUGGAGAUUCCGACGCUGAAGGGUGAGAUUAUCAUUCCACCUAAACGGAAGGGCGGCGCCGGUAAAGGCAAGAAGAAAUAAGUAGUUGAAUGUGUUUGAUUCACACUCUUGGGGGUUUAAUUCUAUGUAGUGGUCUUCAAUUUGAUACAUUACUCUUCGAUUAUACAUCCUGUCUGAUUUGUGAAUUCAUAAUUCAGCUGUCAUUUGCCUUUCCCCUUGUGAGAAAAUUCAACAAUUUUACAUUCCAUUGAAACCCUAAUCCCUAAAA